AUGCGAUUCUUUUCAGCCAAGCCCCUUCUUGUCGCGGCCUUAACGUUCGCUGGUCUCCUCACUGCCUACGACUUAAAAGAAGAGAAAGAACCCCAAGGAGGUCUGAAAAUACGCUUGGACUACGACGUGGCCACGAAAUGGCCCAAGGAGGCGAAAGGCAGGGACGGCGAGGAAAGCAACCAGGCACCUCGCAACUGGCUUUUCUCCUCGCACGUCAGUUACCUUAAAUCCGUCAGCGAGAUCACGGACGGCCAACUCUGGCAGCUCGCCUUCGACGCCUACCGUGAAAUGGAGGAUGAAUGCGCUGCGUACGCAAUCGGGAAGAAAUCGAUUCCGGGCGUCAUGACGAUCCUGGCCGUGGGAGAGGAGAUCUUCCUGUCGUCGUCGCAGAAGGGAGUGGACUACACGUACAAGAUGGCGCAGGAUACUCCCGUGCGCCAGUCCCUCGAGAUGUGCCGGCUUGUCUGGAGGGACCAAGGGCAGGAGGCACAGGACGAACAUAAGAACAAAGGCGCGUGCGGAGAGCCUAUGGUUGCGCAGCAAUACUAUAGCAUCCAUGAAAAACCCUUAAAGGAGCGUGACCCGAAACCAAGAGUCGGGACCGUCGGUCGUCGGGGACGAGACUACAUUCCCAUGGACCCUUGUGGAACGGCACCCGAGGAGGACUACUGGGGUUGCAAUCUUUUUGUCGAGGAUCAGGGGUUGAUUGUCCUGGACAGAAAUAUCUCUCCAGAACCCGUUGACUAUAAAACUGUUGCCGGCGGGAUUACCGGGAUUGAUCAGGUCAAGAUGUGCACUGUCAACUCGGAUUGA